AUAAAAGGAACAAUACUAGUCGUGCAAGGUACAAUACUAAAGAAUAUGUGCUUGGAUUUAAAAUACUGAAUAUUUCUCUUCUCUUUAAAUAAUUGGUUAACAUCUUUUAGGAUUAAACGAUAAAUGAUAAAAGCUAAUUGGUAUCUUUGUAAUUUGAUGGUAUAUAAUAUCUAUUAUCAACUAAAUGAAAGCAAUGGUUAAGCAUACAGCUUGGCUGAUCUCCAUUUUAUAUUUGUGUAUGUUUGCCAGAGGAAAAAAGUUUACAAUAUCUUUGUUAAACAAUAAGGAGAAUAUCAGUUGGAAAAAAGCUAAUGACUACUGCAAAGAUCAUUCCAAAAUUUUACCUCAAAUUUAUUCAAAAGAAGAUUAUGAUUCUAUUAAUAAAGAAAUAGAGAGAUUUAACAUUUCAGGAAUAUUUUGGUUAAAUACUUUGCAUUUUCAAGAUGGUAAGAGUUUAGAAAAAGCUCAAUUUUAUGAUAUCUAUAAUCGAAAUAUCGACUAUGGUUAUACACGAGUCUGCGCAGUAAAUAUUAAUUCAAUACUUAGAAUUAAUAAUUGUUCAAAUAUUCACAAAUACGAAUGUUUAAUAAAUAAGAAGACUUUCAAGAAAGCGAAUUGGGAUAAAGCUUCAAAGUCGUGUCAUGAGAACAAUUCUUUUUUACCUAGUUGGAACAACUCUUCAAGUUAUACUGGUUGGUUGGGUCUUUCAUUUUUCUAUUUAAUGAAAGGAGAUGAUAGUGAAAAUAAGGGUGCGGAAGAUCCUUUAUUUAAUUCUAGUAAAAUAUAUUUCAAGUUGAGUCGAUUUGAAAUUGACAUUGAUUAUAUUGUUUGUGAAAGAAAUGACCAGGAAGAUGACUCUAGCAAUUUUCCCCUCUUCUUAAAAAUUAUUUUGGGUUGUGUUGGGGGAAUUUUUCUAGUUUCAAUAAUACUUGUCUUAUUAUGUUGUUGCAGAUGUAGUAAAAGCCCAAAGAAAGAACCACAAUCGACUGGGAGAGAAAAUCACGCCUAUCUUCCUGAACCCCAGUGUGAAAUUAAGGAAGAAUACGACACUGAAGAUCUUACUACUUCAUUUAGAUGUAAUAGUCGCCCCAGCCUCCCUGAGCAACAGGAAAACGUAAAGAACUAUUCGUUAGAAGCUAAAUACAACAAGAACUUUAGUGGAAAUUUUUCAAAGAGAGAGCCGAGUUCUAUUGUAACUAGAAGAGAGAAUGUAGAAUCAACUAUUUCACAAUUUGGAGAAGCAAAUGAUUAUGUUGAAAUUCAGGGACUUGAUGAUACGAAUGGAGGACAAAGGAACGAAAGCAGUACAGAUAAUAUAAUUAAUAAUCGUCAAUCGGAACUUAUUGUUACUGAAAAUGACCUGUACUCUAGUUUAAACUUUGUUAGAUCAUGAAUUCUUUUAUUGCUAUUCUUAAAACAAGUAAAUAGUAACAUUAUUAUAGCCAGUAACAUUGUCUUGUUUUCUAUCUAGUCAUACUGGUAACGCCUUCUAGUAACCGGUUUUUUAACUAUUUCGCAAAAGUUUAAAGAAUAUUUUCUAAAGUACUUACAAGCGAAGUUUUUCUUCACUAAUUUAACUACAUAGCAUGAAAUUUACAAGACGUACGAUUUCUCUUAGAGGAUGGUUUACAAAAGCGUUUUUUUAAGAAACCCUUGUAUACUUUCAAUUUUCCAAAUGUCUUAACAUUAAUAUACAAUUAAGAACUGAUGAAAUGGAUAAAUCUCUAAAUCUAAAAUGUUUAUCUGACUUUUUA